UUCAACCUCAUUCUGGUAUUCAUUUCUGCUUCUUGUCUCAUUAUCAUUUACUCUCUGUCACUUCAUGUGUCAAAAGGCACUGUCCCUAUCACUAUCACUGUGAUGGGCUGCUUUCAGUCCAAAAUCACCCUUCUUCCUCCCCCUCAUCAGCCUCCUCCUCUUCCUCUUGAAUCCCACAACAACCCAGAUCCAGAUGGGAAUGGGGAGCAACCGGCGGUUCCGGAAUUCAAGGAGUUCGACCUGGCGGAGCUGCGGGCGGCUACCAACGGCUUCAGCAGUGACCUGAUAGUGUCGGAGCGCGGGGACAAGGCUCCCAAUGUGGUGUACCAAGGGAAGCUGAAGAGCAACCGUGUGGUGGCGAUAAAGCGGUUCUCGGGGCUGUCGUGGCCUGACCCUCUUCAGUUUGUUAACGAAGCUGCUGGGGUCGGUAAAGUCCGGCACAAGAGAUUGGUUAAUUUGAUCGGAUGUUGCGCCGAGGGGGACGAGCGGUUGUUGGUUGCGGAAUAUAUGCCUAAUGAUACUCUCUCUAAGCAUCUCUUCCACUGGGAAAAACAACCUUUGCCAUGGGAAAUGCGCCUUAGAGUUGCUUACCAUGUUGCACAAGCCCUUGAUCACUGCAAUGCUGAGUACCUUAAAAUUUAUCAUGAUUUAAAUGCUUAUCGAGUUCUUUUCGAUGAGGAUGGUGAUCCUCGAUUAUCUAGUUUUGGACUGAUGAAAAAUAGCCGAGAUGGAAAAAGCUAUAGUACUAAUUUGGCUUAUACCCCUCCUGAAUUUUUGAGGACUGGCAGGGUCGUUCCUGAGAGUGUGAUUUACAGUUAUGGAACUGUUCUCCUGGAUAUCUUAAGUGGAAAGCAUAUCCCUCCCAGCCAUGCAUUGGAUUUGAUAAGAGGAAAGAAUUUAUUCUUAUUAUUGGAUUCUUCCCUGGAAGGACAAUAUGCUAAAGAAAAUGCCACGGAAUUGGUUGAAUUGGCUUCAAAAUGCCUUCAGUAUGAGGCUAGAGAACGACCUGUUAUCAAAUUCCUCCUUUCAGCAGUGACACCUCUUCAAAAACAGAAAGAUGUUGCAUCUCAUAUUCUAAUGGGUUUAUCUAAGACGCCACCGGUGCUGCCAACUAUGCUUUCCCCGCUUGGAAUGGCAUGUGCUAGGAUGGACCUUACUGCAGUGCAUGAUAUCUUGCUUAAAACUGGUUAUAAAGAUGAAGAAGGUGCAGAAAAUGAGCUGUCGUUUCAAGAGUGGACACAACAAGUUCAAGAUAUGUUGAAUACAAAGAAAUUUGGGGAUAUUGCGUUUCGAGACAAGGAUUUCAAAAAUGCUAUUGAGUACUACUCAAAGGUACCUUUCUUCCUCUAGUUAAUUUGUUUACUUGUCACAGGCUUGUGUUCUGGGAUGUUA